AUGUUCUGCGAUGCUGCACCCUUUAUAGAACUCACCAAUAAUAAUAAUGAUGAAGAAGAGUAUAUUUUUAGAGAUGUAUUAGGCUCUAAAUUUGAAGGUUAUAAUGGUAUUUUUCUACCAAUCAAUACUCUGAUUGAAAUUGAGUUGAGAACUAAGUUUUACUCUAUGGAAAUCGUGAUGGUACUUGUAGAAAAAGGGUAUUUAAGUGUGAUUUGGGAGGAAGAUAUGUUGAAAAACAUUCAAGACCGAUAUUAG